AUGGUGUCGUGUAAAUUAUUAAGUUUUAGCGCGUUUUUUGUUCUCUCAUUUAGUGUUAAAUUAAGUGUGACCCAGGUAGAUGUAGGUACAGACACGACAAGUCCGGACCCACUAUCAACAACAAUAUGUACGACAUGCUCCUGCGCAGAUGGUGUGGUCAACUGUAUGAAUCUGAACCUCACUACAUUUUUUGAAAUUCCUGAUUGGGAUGGUCUAAAGGAUUUCAAACCUCUGUCAGUGAAUCUAAGCCAGAAUUCCAUCACACAUAUAUCAAGGAUAUCAAAAUUACCUAUACGAGAAUUGAACCUGUCUAAUUGCGAUAUACAGACAAUAGAAGAUGGAAGCUUCAUAUAUUUGGAAGAUCUGGCAGUACUGGAUUUGUCUAAUAAUAAAAUAUCCACCUCAGCAAUUAAUAAGAAGGUUUUUGCUGGUCCUUUAGGCAUACUUGGUCCAGUGAACUUCAAAAAUAUGCAGUAUCUAAGUUUAGCGAAUAACGACCUACACUCAUUGGCACAAGAUCUAUUUCUGUUUAUGCCUGACUUGCUGCAUUUAGAUUUGAGCGACAAUCCACUAGCUUUCAUAGAUCAGGUCACUAUGGCUGCCAUUUCUGAUUUGAAGUACUUAAGGGAGUUAAGACUAAGCAACUGUGAGCUGGAGACGUUGCCUGAUGGUCUACUCAGAAGACAGAGGAAGUUGCGACGUCUGGACAUAAGUAACAAUAGGUUUACCACGAUCCCAGCAGUCCUGAAGGAAGCUCCCAGUCUGGUGUAUUUGAAUCUGGAUAGGACGCCUAUACAGACACUGGAUUCUAGCGCGGCUUUAGCCAAUCUGACAAAAUUACAAGAACUAAGUUUAAGUAGGCUGAGUAGACUUCAGAACGUGUCAGCGGGGGCCUUAGCUGGUCUAGGUGACCUGGUCAUUCUAAGGAUGAACUAUAACCCUAGACUGACUAAUCUAGACCCAGAUUUUCUGGUGUGGAAGAAUGAAGAUGAUGAGGAGUUGUGGCCGAAUCUUAGAGAGUUAUACUUAAAUAACAACAAUCUAUCCAGCAUAGACUCUGGAAUACUAGAUAACUGGAAGGAGUUGGUGGCAGCGGACUUUUCAACCAAUCCAUUUAUAUGCGACUGUAAGAAUCAAUGGGUGGUCGACGUGCUUGUGCCGUUGUUAGUCACGAUGUCUGCUAACUCCACUAUUAAUAAUAUGGUUUGUAAAAAGCCGGCUGAACUGAAAGGCCUAACGUUUGGCCAACUGAACGAGGCCUCAAAAACUUUAGUUUGCUCCGAGGCUGAGAGUAUCACAGAGCUACAGGUCUCCAAUAUGGCGAUAAUCCUAGGAAUUAUGAUUGGUAUAGUGGUAACCUUCCCAAUGGUAUUGGUGUUAGUUCUCCUAUGGAGACGAGGGUUCUUCUCUAGGUUGAGAGGAGGCAAGCCAGACUAUGAUGAAGAAGCUGAAGAUCUGUAG